UAUUUGCUAUACCCAAGAAUCAGUUCGAGUCCAAAUUGCUCGAAUUUUUUUUCUUAUAUACCAAAACGAAACUCUGGAUAUCUAGCUGGAUUGUGUGUCGGGGAACGUGAACCUUAAAGUCCACCACUUCUUCCGGUGGCAAAGCAGUGGAGCGAUGGCGUCAACUUCUUCCCAGGACGCUUGGUACCUCGCCCUAUUAGGACUGGCUGAACAUUUUCGAGUUUCGACACCUCCGAAUAUUCGUAUGUGUGUCCAGUGUCUUCAAACAGUUUUCAGUUUUAAGCCUCCACCACGUGUGGAAGCAAGAACACAUCUUCAACUGGGAAAUAUUCUUGUGCUUUACACGAAAAACAUUGAUCUGGCCCGUUCUCAUUUGGAACAAGCUUGGUCUUUAUCACAGAAUAUUGCUGCAUUUGAUGAUAUCAAAUACGAAUCUGCAAGUUUGCUUGCAGAACUUUACGAGCAACAAAACCAAACGAACCUGGCUAAACCGCUGCUUAGAAAAACAAUAGAGAUGUCCCAGCAGAAUGUUUUCUGGCAUUGCAGAUUACUCUUCCAACUAGCUCAAAUUCAUUCCAAUGAAAGAGAUUAUUUGUCAGCCUGUGGUCUUCUGGGGGUUGGUGCAGACUAUGCACACAUAUCAGGAGCUCAAUACUCUAGGCUAUUGUUCACUUUGAGCAAAUGCAUGCUGCUGUUGAUUGACAAGAAGUUCAAUGAACUUCACCCUCUACUAGCCCAAGUUGGACCAAUUAUUGAUAACUGGCAGGGCUCUCUUCAACAAAAGGAGUACCUCAAAAUCUUCUUUUUAGUCCUUCAGGUAUGUCAAUGCUUAAUGUCUGGACAGGUCAAGAGUGUCAAACCUUACUUAAAACAAUUGCAACAAAGUAUUCAAACUAUUACACAACCCAAUUUAAUGCCAAGCGAUGAAGACGUAUCGGCUGGGAAUUCUGGUGAUAUGUUUGUGUGGAUGUCCAAGGAACACCUGUGCGUUUUAGUUUAUGUCGUGACAGUUAUGCACUCGAUGCAAGCAGGAUACAUGGAUAAAGCCCAAAAAUAUACGGAGAAAGCGUUUCUGCAAAUCGAAAAACUUAAAUUGUCCGACAAUCGAAGUAUCCUCACCUCCUUCCACAUUCUUCUGUUGGAACAUUUGAUUCUGUGCCGGCUGGUAAUGGGUCAAAAAGGUCAAGCGAUACGGGAAGUAGCCACAGCGGCCCAGUUGUGUGCAGCCGGUCCGCCCCGUUUGCUCGCUGCUCAUUCGGCACAGCUGCACACGCUCUUGGGCCUCUAUGCAAUGAGCAUGAACUCCAUGGAAGCUGCAGAAGCCCAACUAAAUGUUGCACUUAGGAGCACUACGGAUCGUGAGCUGUGGACGUUCGCGAACUUGAAUCUUGCUAUCGUUUACUUAAGAAUGAAACGUGAAGGUGAUUUUAAUAAAUUAAUUGAAAAUAUCAACCCCGAAACUUUGCCGUCGCACUCGCACAGCUUGCGAGCAGCUGCUUUCUAUGUUCAAGGACUUCAGUGUUUCUUUCAAGCUCGAUAUAACGAAGCCAAGCGGUAUUUAAGGGAAACAUUGAAAAUGGCGAAUGCCGAAGACCUGAACAGACUAACUUCCUGUUCGCUUGUGUUGCUCGGUCAUAUUUUCCUCUCAUUGGGUAAUAGUCGCGAAGCCAUGAACAUGGUCACACCAGCAAUGCAACUAGCAUCGAAAAUUCCGGAUGUCCACAUACAACUGUGGGCGUCAGCCAUCCUGAAAGAUUUGUAUCGAAUGUGCGGUGACGGAAGUCGGGAAGCCGAAGCCUACCAAACUCACGCCAACUUUUCUCAACUACUUAUGAAGGACAAUUAUGCCUCUCACCAAUCUCCAGAACAUGCACUUAUUACGUGGAUAGAACAGCCACUCACGUCUUUCCUUCAGCUUGGCACGAAUAAUGUCAAUAGCUUAGGUGCACCGAGUACAUCCAACAUGAUCAUGCCCACACCCGGUUCAUCUUCUCUCAUGUAAAAUUAAAUGCAGGUACGCCAGAACUACAAUUUCUCAAACCCCGAAAGCUCUGUAUAUGAUGUCAUAGUCUGUCUCAUUCCUUUUCACUCCCUUGCUCGGGGCGUUUGGCGGUCUCUCUUCCGUUUUUGCUCUAUACGUUUCAUUUUGUAAAAUGGACUUAAGUGUUCUGCAGAGAUGGUCAUAGUCAUCUGCGAAAGUGCUGAAUCCGUCUGAAGCAUUUUGUCUAAAAUAGGAACGACUAUUGUAAAUAAUCUCGGGCAAUUUUUUCGAAGCCAACCCGUUAACUUAAUAGCGCGUUUAUCGAGUUUCUUUAUGUCGAGGCCAAAGUUAUUCUACUCCGUCUUGAUUUUACCGUCUCUUAUAGACGCAUUCGUUCUCCCGCGUCUCGAAAUUCCCUCACGAUGUGUCUGAUAGGAAAUUUAAAUUUUAUCAACCCUUCUCUCCGGCCCCCUACGUUGUACCAUACAAAACCAAAUGCGUCGUGUACAGGAUAACUCGGAAUACACACGCAGCCGCGUG